AUGUCCCAGAACAAUCUUCAGGCUAGUUUGUCCAGCUUAUCCUUGGGUCCACCAGCCACUACCACUGGUGAGGCUCCAACUACAGGUAAGAAACAUAGAAGACCUCAUAGAGCAUAUCACAAUUUCGCUCCAAAUUCAAGUGGAUCUGCCUCUCCUGGAGUUCCACUAUCAAAUGGUUCCUUUGGCCCAUUCGGGCCUAUCUCAGAGACUGCACCACAAUCGUUUACUCCAAGGCAAGUUAGCAUAUCUAAGGCGGAUCCCAUGAGUUCUUUGAUGGGGGCUCCUACUUUCAAUUCACAGCAACCACAAGAUCAACUAAUGGGUGGUCAAUCUCCUUCUGUUGGAGGUAUGGCCUCGCCAUACCUUCAAAUGUCUCCUCAACUUUCUGCGCCUGCUCAAACAACAUCCCAUAUUGUCUCUACUCAAAGAUGGGAGGAACAAAAUCAAUACCUUUCUCAAGUAUUCCAGACAUCUUUGAAUUCUGUACCACCUUUGCCUACCACUCAGUUCUAUUGCACUGAUCAAGGUUCAUGCGAUCCACGUUUAAUGAGCUUAUCCAUGUAUAACAUUCCAGAAGAGGAACAUUUAAGAUCCGCCACUAAACUACCAUUAGGUUUAACAAUCCAACCGUUUGCUACAUUAAUCCCUGAUGAUGUAGAGAUACCAAUUAUUGGCUCAACAAGUAUGGAUAGUGGUGAAGAGAUUAAACCACCCUUGCGUUGUAGACGUUGUCGUGCAUAUGUAAAUCCAAAAUUCAACUUUACGUAUGAUUCCAAUGUUAUUUGUAACAUUUGUAAGAUAAAAAUGCAAGUGAAUCCGGAAGAUGCUAGUAUGAGCAUGAAUGGUACUAACGGGGAAGUCUCCUCCCAAUUGGAACUGACCAAAGGUUGCGUUGACUUCUUAGCACCUGCUGUUUAUAACGUCAAUGCCAAAAAACCAUCAUUACCCUUACAUUAUGUGUUCGUCAUUGAUGUGAGUUUAAUGGCAAAUGAAAAUGGUAGUUCCUUUGCUGCAAUUGAAGGUGUAAGAUCAUCCAUUGAAUAUAUUUCUGAACAUCAGCCAAAUUGUAAAGUCGCCAUUAUCACUUACGAUAAAAAUAUUAGAUUUUACAGUUUGAGAUCAGAAUCAGCUCAAGAAUUCGUCGUUAGUGAAAUUGAUGACGUCUUCUUACCUUUCCAUGAUGGGUUGUUCGUUAAACCUAGCGAAUCCAUGUUUAUUAUCAACGAUACGUUAGAAAGAAUUUCCAAUUUUAUUAGAAACGCCAAAUAUUUUCAUGUCCCUGAGACAUGUUACGGAUCUGCCUUACAAGCUGCCAAAUUGGCCAUUGAUACUGUCACUGAGGGCCAGGGUGGUAAAAUUGUUUGUUCUUUGAAUUCUUUACCAAAUGUGGGUAACGGGAACUUAUCCUUAAGAAAGGAUGACGCCACUAAGCGCCAUUUGAAAUGUGACAAUGAAUUUUAUAGCAAAUUGGCUAAAUCAUUUGUUGCAUCGUAUAUCUCUUUGGAUUUAUACGUUACAUCCGGAGGAUUUGUCGAUAUGAUAAGUGUCGCCCACCCAGUGGAGAUGACUAAUGGUCUCUUGAAAUAUUAUCCUCAUUUCAAACCAGAUUUACAGUCAGCAACUUUCAUAAAUGACAUGGUUCAAAAUAUUUCCAAUAUUGUAGGUUAUCAAGCUAUAUUGAAAGUGCGUUGCUCUGCUGGGCUAUCCGUAGAUCAAUACUAUUCUGCAUCAGUGGAUUAUUCAGAUCGUGAUCCAGUAAUUCCUGUAUUGACAAAGGAUACCACUUUGGAUGUCUUGUUCAAAUACGAUGAAAAAUUGAAAACUGGGGAAGAUAUGCAUUUCCAAACCGCCUUAUUAUAUACAGAUCAUAAUGGUGUAAGGAAAGUUCGUUCCAUCAAUACCACAGGGGCUGUGUCAAAUAAUGUUCGUGAAGUUUUCAAGUUUGUUAACCAAAACUCUAUAUUAAGAAUCAUGAUUAAAGAUAUUAUAAGAACAUUAGGCGAUUGUGAUUUCAAGAAAAUUAGAAAACUAAUUGAUGAAAAGGUUAGUGAUAUUUUGACUCAAUACAGAGCACUAGUUAGUGGUAAUUCUUCAUCGCAAUUGGUUUUACCUGAUGCCUUAAAGACACUACCUACCUAUCUAUUAGCCUUUGAAAAGAGUGAGUUAAUGAAAAAUAAUACCCGAAGCUCACGUGGUAAUGAUCGUGUUUAUGAUUUAUUAAAAUACACAAUGUUUAACAGUGCACAAUUAUCAUAUAAAUUGUAUCCACAGUUUGUUCCAUUCCAUGUUCUACUAGAAGAAGAUGAUUUACUCUUUUAUGACACUAAUUCCAAAUUGUUACAAGUUCGCGACACGACCAUGGAGAAUGUAGCCGUUAGAGCAUCUCGUGCCCAUAUAAUGCAAGGUGGUUGUUAUUUUAUUUUCCAAGGUGAAGUGGUUUACUUGUGGAUUGAUGCAAAUACAAAUAAGAUGUUGUUACAGGAUCUUUUAGGUAUUAACCCUGAUCUAAAUAUAGCUCAAAUUUCAUUAUUUGGAAAUUCUUUGCCAGAAACUGGUACAGACAUUAAUCAAAAAGCAUUUAAUGUAUUAAAAAAUUGGUCCCAAAUUGUGGGUAAGACCUCAUUGCCAAUUCUUCUUCUAAGACCAAAUGUGGAUCAAUAUUUCAAUGAUGUGAUGAAUGGGUUAUGUGUUGAAGAUAAGACUAUGGAAAUGGUUGAUUCUUUUGACCAAUACUUUGUUAAUUUGCAUAAAAAUAUUCAAGAAAAAUUGAGGAAAGAAGAUUUUGUUAAAAUUUCCACGUCAUCCAAAGGAAGUAAUGAUAUGACACAUCAAAAAUUUGUACAAUUUUAG